UGUGUGUGUGCGCGUGCGUGCAUGCGUGCGAGCGUGCGUGCGUUCAUGUGCAUUUGUUUAAUUAUUUUACUGGUUAUUUAUUUGACUCACGCAUGACAGUGGCAGUGUCAGAAGUUCAGCCCGUCAGAUUUUCAACCCGCGUGUAAUAUUAUAUUAUUUGCUUUUUUACCAGUGAGCUUGCAAUUGUAUGCACAAAUACAAACAGUCAUUGUGUUUCCCAAAAUAAACUGAUAAAUUGUGAAGUUACUUAUGGUUUGUAAAAAUUAGUUUUAAUUGCUAGAUAUUAACAUGCUAAGCUGUUGUCAUACGGUUCGUAUGCGGAAAGAAAGUUUUUUUUUUAGUAUGCUGAACUGAUUUCACUUUUCUUUCCUUUUCUCAGACCGACCUCAGGCAGUGAUAGAUUUUGAAUGCUUCGCUUAUGACUGGACGGAAUACAUGAAGUGUAGCUGGACUCAUCCAGAGGAGUAUCUGAAGCCCAAAGAUAUUUCAGUGGAUUGUAACUACAUGGUGUUAACAGAUACAAAGUUUGAUCAUCCUUGUCCACAACUGAAUUACACAAAUGCACUCUGGGAUGCAGACAGUUUCAGGGCUGCAACGUACUACUUUGUGGAAGUGGGUGUUACCAACACAGUUGUCAACUUGACUAUCAGUGUGACAAAAGAGUUUAAAGUGAAUGAAAUAGUGAAACCAUCACCAAUUAAAGACUUGAUUGUCCUUACCGACCGAGCAGCGCCCUCCUGUAUUUUGUUGUCAUGGAAACACUCCAAAACGUAUUAUAAUAAAGUCUUCAGGAUCAAACAUCAAGCGGAACACCAGACAGACCCAGAUAUACUUGCUACCAAUUGGAAUCAAACAUCGUUUAAAGCAUGUGGCUAUGGACCAAUGACUGAGCACUGGUUCACUGUAGACACUCUUCCCAGUGACCCCUUAUCUGGCUACUGGAGCGAACAAGUCACUGGGAGCGGCUGGACUGUUCAAACAGCUCCAUCCGUUGGACCCCUCAUCUCGGCUGGCAGUUACGUGUCAACCAAGUGUAAAAGCGGAAGGAGAAAUGUCACAUUUUACUGGAACAAGUGGAAAGGGACUAGUACUCAGUGCUCACCGGAGAAUCGGUUCUCUUACACAAACCGAUGGCCCGACUCGUGGCCUUGA